GAUCCAUCGCCCAUGGCGGAGUUUGUGGACCACUACUCGGUGCUGGGCCUGCCGUCGGGCGAGGAGGGGGCGAAGCUAACCCUAGGCGAGAUCAAGAAGGCCUUCCGCGCGCAGUCCCUCUCGCGCCACCCUGACAAGCGCCCCGCCGACCCCGCCGCCACCGCCGACUUCCAGCGCCUCCUUGCCUCCUACGACGCCCUCCGCCACCCCUCCACCCGCCGCCUCCUCGACGCCCGCCUCCGCCUCCGCUGCCGCCGCCGCAAGCGGGAUUCCGCGAGCAUGCGGGAUUCGCUCGCCGCGAUUCUCCGGCGGUGGCGCGCCGAGUCCGCGAAGCGCAGGGCCGAGUCCGAAGCGUGCUGGGCCGAGCUCAGGAAGUGCACGGACGAGCGCGAGGCCGAGGCGGAACGGCGCAUGGCCAAGCGCGAGGCCUCGUGCGAAGCCCUGGCUCGGAAAUAUCCUUUCCUCAAGGACCUGGUCCCUCAGUGUUUGGAGCGGUGGCGCGCCGAGUCCGAAAGACGCAGGGCCGAGUUCAGGAAGAGCGUGGACGAGCGCGAGGCCGAGUGGCGAAGGCACUGGGCCGAGUUCGAGGCCUUGUACAGAGGCUUUGUUCCGAAUCAUUCUUAG